AUGGACGACUUUGCAGGCUUCAAGAAGAAGUCCAAGAAGACCAAGAAGGUCGUUCUUGCCGACGAUCUCGACCUUGGGGAUGAACCUACCCAGCCUGUCGCCAAACCUGCGCCUGAACCUGAACCUGCCCCUGCCGUUGUUGAGCCUGUCGAGCCUGCGAAGCCAGAACUAGAGGAGGAUGCAGUGAGGCCGCUUGACAAGGAUGCUGACCUGACUCUCAAGGAUGGCGAUGACCUUGAUUUCAGCGAUCUCAAGAAAAAGAAGAAGAAGAAGGCUGUAGCGAUCGACCUGGACGAUGUGGAUGGCACGACUGCGCCUGCUGCAAAGGGAGACUCGCUCGGUAACACUGUCGAGGAAAGUGCGAGUGGCUCAAAUGCCAUUUCGCUCAGUGUAGCGACGGACCUCGACGACUUUUCGGACCUCAAGAAGAAGAAAAAGAAGAGCAAGAACGCCUUUGACAUGGAUGCCUUCGAGAAGGAGCUCGCCGCUACCGAGUCAGGUCAGGCGCCCAAGCUACAAAAGCCAAGCACGGCGACGAAAUCGGCUAGCAAGCAGAACAGCGACGACGAGGCAGAUGGUGCAGAUUACGAUGAAGAUGAUGACGACGUACCCGAGGGCGAAGAUCCGUUUGGACAGGAAGGAGGACUGGACGGAUCAGCAGCGGCAAAGAGCAAAGCUGAGCUAGCAGCCGACAAGCAAGAAUGGCUCUCUGAUCCCACACGGGACUACACCUAUCUCGAGCUACUCGGGAGAUUCUACACGAACCUCUACGCAUCUCAUCCGUCACUCUCGAGCGCGGGAGGAAAGAAGCGCUACACGCUCGCCCCGCCCAAUGUCCAGAGAGACGGCACGAAGCGAUCUAUCUUUGCCAAUGUGGCCGACAUCUGCAAGAAGAUGCACAGACAGCCGGAGCAUGUCAUCCAGUACCUUUUUGCCGAACUGGGUACACACGGUUCUGUCGAUGGUAGCGGUCGGCUCGUCAUCAAGGGUCGGUUCCAGCAAAAGCAGAUAGAGAAUGUCCUUCGCCGAUACAUUGUCGAAUACGUCUCGUGCAAGACAUGCAAGUCUCCUGACACAUUGCUUGAGAAGCACGAUCGUCUCUACUUUGUCGCUUGCCAAUCGUGCGGUUCCAGGCGGUCUGUCACAGCGAUCGGAAAGGGCUACCAGGCCCAAAUUGGCAAGCGCAAGAAAGCAGCAGCAUGA